ACAUAAAUCCUUGUUUCUAUGGUAGUGAUGAUCAUGAAAGGUUGCAAAAUGGGUUUGUUGAUUGUUGGUUUGAUUUCGAUGGGCUGUUUGUUAAGUAACAAUGGAGUUGAUGGUGCUAACAAGAAGGUGGCUGUGGGAGCUUCAUUUAUCUUUGGUGAUUCAUUGGUUGAUGCUGGAAAUAAUAACUAUUUGCCAACUUUGUCUAAAGCUAAUCUUCGUCCCAAUGGUAUUGAUUAUAAGCCUUCAGGAGGCAACCCCACCGGCCGCUUUACCAACGGUCGAACCAUCGGCGACAUCGUUGGUGAAGAAUUAGGAAUACCAAACCACGCAGUGCCAUAUCUAGACCCAAACGCCACCGGCAAAUCAAUAUUGUACGGCGUUAACUAUGCAUCCGGCGGUGGAGGAAUUCUCAAUGCAACCGGAAGAAUCUUCGUAAACAGGUUGGGAAUGGACGUUCAAGUUGAUUUCUUUAACGUAACAAGAAAAGAGUUUGAUAAAUUGAUGGGUGUACCAAAAGCAAAAGAAUAUAUUGCCAAAAAGUCCAUAUUUUCCAUUACAAUUGGAGCCAAUGAUUUCUUGAAUAAUUAUCUUCUUCCAGUACUUUCCAUCGGCGCUAGAAUUUCCCAGACCCCUGAUUCCUUCAUUGAUGACAUGAUCUCUCAUCUUAAAAACCAGCUCACCAGACUAUACCAAAUGGACGCUCGAAAAUUCGUAGUGGGAAAUGUUGGGCCAAUAGGAUGUAUACCCUACCAAAAGACCAUAAACCAAUUGAAUGAAGACCAAUGCGUUGAUUUGGCCAACAAAUUAGCCCUUCAAUACAAUGCCAAAUUGAAGGAUUUGCUUGCCAAUCUCAACAAAAAUCUCCCUACCUCCACUUUUGUCUAUGCCAAUGUCUAUGAUCUUGUCAUGGAACUCAUCGUCAACUAUGACAAUUAUGGAUUCAAGACAGCAAGUAGAGCAUGUUGUGGGAAUGGAGGGCAAUUUGCAGGAAUAAUACCAUGUGGACCUCAAUCCAGCUUAUGCACAGAGAGAUCAAGACAUGUGUUUUGGGAUCCUUACCAUCCAAGUGAAGCUGCCAAUCUUAUUAUUGCCAAGAAAUUGCUUGAUGGCGACCACAAAUACAUCUUUCCUCUUAAUCUCAGACAGCUUCGUGACCUUUAACAAAAACAUCAUUUGUUAACAUGUUUUAAUUAAGGAACAAGAAAGGACUAAAUUUGAGUUUAAUAUAUAUAGCGCAUCUACUCAUCAUAUUUGGUGUAUAGCAUGUUUUUGCAUUGUCUUUAAACUGUUUGACAAUUUGACCCAAUGGUAAAGAUUGGUUGCUUUUCCUUUUGAUUUCUAAACAUUUUGCCUGGAUUGCUAUGAUCUUUUAUUUCCUUUUCUAUGUUUCACGCAUCUUUACACUAGUAUAAUGUCGUUUAUUUUGGACAAAGACUCUCACGAAUAUUUUGUUUUUAGAAUACCCGAAAGGUCUUACAUUAAUUGAGGGUAUUAUAGACUACGCUCCCAAGAUAGAGAAACAAGUAUAAAAACUAAAGAUAGAUACAUCAAAUUUAUAGGGUUCACACAAAUGUUACAACAAAUAUAUUACAUAUAGAUUCGUUUGUCUUAAGAUGUAUGUCUUGUCUUAUUGAUAGCCUAAACAUGUAUAGGUUUACUGACCGAAGGUAUUUGUAAUUCUCUUAUGAGUCAAAUGUUUGAAUUCUCGCUCCAACUAAAUUAGAUUCCAUCUAAACAUUAAGGAAUGGACUAUACAAGAAGUAUAUAAAGGGACAGUACACCUGGGGAGAAUAUGCAUUUCUCACAUUUCACAAAUCACACAAAAAAAAAAGGUUUUUUUUUAAUCUUUAACUCCAUAGUCCCGCCAUGUGAAAAAGCUUACACUCUGCUACUCUCAUUUUCUUCAUUAAACUAGUUGUUGAGGAUCCCACAUUGAAAAGAAUAGAAGAUCUCACAAUAUUCAUUGUAGAUUAAAAGAUUAUUUAUGGGUUAUUCCUCCCAUACCUAAUGGGAUUUGAGAUGAAAUUGUUGAGAAAAACCUUUUACUUCUACCGCAGGAAAGAGCAGAAAAAUAAUAGAACAAUAAAAAAAAUAAGAAAUGGGAACACAAAAAUUUACGUAGAAAAAUCACGAACCAGAAAAAAUUUACUUAAUUACAGGAGCAUUCUUUUAGAGCUUUUGAUUACUCACACCUUUUUCUCUUUCAAACUAUAGAAUACAAAAGAAAUUUAAUUGGAGUUCAUCCUCCUUCUUCAAUUUAACUGAUGUAGAACAAACUAUACUUCUAAUAUC